AUGGCGGGUUACAACUACAGCGGUUACGGGAGCUACGGGAGCUACGGCAGCGAGUUCGGUCUUGGCUUUGGCGGCGGUGGCGGCGGCGCGCCAAUGGGCGGCGGAGGAGGCGGGUAUUUCGGUGGCGGAGGCGGCGGCGGGCAGUCGCGCGGCAUGGGCUCGGACUAUGGCUACGGCGGCGGAUUCGACGGCAGCCCCGACAACCCCGCGGCCAAACGGCGGCGACUUGACAGCGUGUCCAUUUGCGUCGACUUCGUGCGGGGUCACUGCUCGCGCGGAGCAAAGUGCAACAAGCCACAUGUGGACUUCGUGGAAUCCAUCGACGAGCGUGAAACAAUGGCGAAAGUGAAGUUCUGCCACGACUUUCAGAACCGCGGCAUGUGCUCCCGCGGCGGUUGCAAGUUUCUGCACGUGACUCGCCGCGAGGAAGAUGAGUUCUUACUAACAGGGACCAUCCCUCAAUCAGUGUUUGAGCGAAUGAAAGAUUGGUCCACCAGUGACGAUCCUAAUUUUGUUGCACCUGAUAGCGACAUGAGUGUCGGUGGAGGUGGAGAUGGAGGAGGAGGACUAGGUGGAGGUGUGGUGGUGGUGGUGGAGGAAGGGGGAGAGGGAGAGGACGAGGUGGGGGAAGAGGGAGGGGAAGAGGAGGGGGAGAUGCGUCAACGCUCCACCUCCAGUUCCGGUGGUGGGAGUGGUCCCUCCUACAGCCAGCCGGUCACCUUUGGCAACUACUGCAUCGACUUCCUGAAGGGAACAUGCUCCAAGAGCACCACCUGCUCCCUGAAACACGUGGAGACAAUUGAUGACCCUGAUGAGAGCCAGUGUGUCCGCGGGUCCAGCUGUAACUUCAAACACGCCUCCAAAGUUGAUUCGUUCAACGAGCGUAUCGCGCUGAGUCGCUCCAUCUUCUGCCGCGACUUCCAGGAGCAGGGCUGCACUCGCUACAACUGCAAGUUGAUCCACACCAAGCGACAGGACGAGCAGUACUUCCUGCGUACGGGGACCCUCCCCGAUCACCUCUGUCUCACGCCAGGCCCGGGCAACAUAGACGUCAGCCACCUCGCCGGGAACGUGUGUCGCGAGUUUGUCAAGAACAAGUGUAACCGCGGCGGGAUGUGCAAGUUCUACCACCCCACACCGGCAGAGCUGCAGAGUCUCCUGAGCAGCUCGGGUGGCAUCAGCAGACCCACGGGUGGAGGGGAGCCGGCCGACGACGAGUUUGUGGUCCUCCUGCGAGAGAACAACACCCUGAAGGAGCGGAUCUCUCAGCUGGAGCGACUCCUGGCCGACGCUUGUCACUGCAUCACUCUGGCCGUGGGCGACCAGAACCCAGCCAUUGCAGCUCUCAUGAAGACCAUAGCUGAGAUGGCUCCCUCCAGCUCUCUAGCUAAUCAGAAUGACGGCCAGGGCGGAGAUGCGAGCGGAAAUGGCAGUACUAUGAAAGCGGAAGGAGCGAUGUAA